AUGCGGACGAGACAGUCACUCUCGCCGUCAUCGCCGUCGACUCGAAAGCGGAUUCCGACGAUACCACCAGUGCCUCGUUCCAAGCCUCCUCUGCCACCCAUGGCUACUGUAACGAAGAAGGUGGUGUUUCCUCAUGCCGACCACUGCGAUAGCGAUGUGAAAGACGAGCUCCUCCCUAUGUACGAAGUGUACAGACUGACUGGGGCCAAAACUCCAUAUUCGUAUUAUUUUGCGCGAAGGCCAAGCCUGCAACCGGGAUCUGCCAUUGGUACAGCGCCUACAGUGAGGGCCCAAAGAUACGACGCCGAUGACAUAACUGCCCUGGAGGAAUCUGAAUCUCGGCGUGCUGCUCGAUUGAAGAGGAGGCGUACUAUUGGCGACGCCCAUAGUAUUAUUGGGCGCAUCUCCUCCUACACCUCGUCCUCCUCAACGACCACCAAACCCACUGUCACUACUAGGAUCAAACUCCAGGACGCGAAGGAGCAGCGUACGCGGCGACCACGGCCAUCCACGUACAUCGAAGAGACAGAGAACAUGAAGCAAACCAAGUCAAACGCAAAUUCAAAGGCCCAGGCUCAGGUGCAGGCUCAGAAAAAAUCAGAAAAGGUUCGAAGCCAAAGCCAGGGCCGUUCUCCGAUAACGCAGAAACCUGUAGCCGCUGGGCCUACACGGUUACAUACGCCAACCCUGCGCACGAAUAUGCAUAUGUCGACGACAAGUGUGCUCCUUUUGCCAAACCUCAACACCGACUCGCUGUGGCUAAACCGGCCCACCAGGCCGCGAGCAAAAACAAACGAUGCCCUGGUACAAGUAAAGGAGAAGGAGAAGGUAGAGAAGGAGGUAGAUGGUGUUCGACAUGCUUCUGCAUCUUCGACGGCUACUUUGGUCCCGAAUCCUCCUCUUCUUCCUCCACCGGACGUCCUGGUUCAUGCACAAACAACGAGUCCGCUGGUGGUUCCUGUGCGUCCUGCACGUCCUGCUGAAUCGCUGUACUCCAACGAAUCGACGUUCCGUACGAUAUGUGCAUCUGCUUCAAUGCAGGAGAACGACGUGGACGCGUUGCGCGGCCCGACAUCAAAUCUUCGACCUCAACCACAACCUCAGACAGGUCCUCAAUACCUUCAUCCACAUGGAGACCAUCAGCAACUCAAACAGCUGAACAUGGAGAAGCGAAGGUCAAAGCUGCGCUCGCCUUCCGUGGCGACGUCUGUGUCAUUCUACAGCCAGAAGAGUUUCCCUCAUCGGCUUCAGCUCCCUACGGAUGUCGACACAGAAGAGCUUGCGUGGCUCGUUAUCGAUGACGAUGACGACGGCGAUGGAAAUGUAGGCGAUAGUCAAACCGGUCCGGGUAUCAAAGAUCCAGCAUAUCUUUCAGCUGACUAUACUGCAAACCAGCCACGGGAUGGAGGGCGCCAUCCGUCAAGUAGUAACUUGAGCCUCCUAUCUGACGGCAAGUCGACUGGGACAGUGAGAUCGCAGAACCGCUCAACACGUACACGGAGUACCAGACCCCAAGACCCGCUCUCGCUCACGCUCGCGCCACCGCUCCGGGAGAGCUGGUGGAAGUAG